AUGGCCCAGAUAGCAACAGGGAUACAAAUCCCUGAAAACUGCGUGCAAAGAAUCAUCAAGGUAGGAAAGAAAAGUCUACCAUCUGUCAUAACCAGAGGAAUGAAAAUAGAUGUCAAUGUUGCCAUAAUGACUGAAGAAGAUUGGAGAUUGCCUAUAAUCAAUUAUCUGCAGUAUCCAACCCUUCCCUCUGAAAAAAGGAUUAAAAUCAUAGCCUUAAACUACCUAAUGUGGAAUGGAGAUUUGGUCCGAAAGAGCAAAGAUGAGUUACUUUUGUGGUGCUUAGGGAAAAAAGAGUACAUGAAGGUCAUGGGAGAAACCCAUGAAGGAAUCUGUGGAGCUCAUCAAGGUGGAAGGAAAAUGUGCUGGUUAAUUAGAAGGCAUGGACCAAUCCAGCAGGCUCUUUCAGUUUCCAUGAAUCCAGUGGUCAAGCCAUGGCCAUUCAGAGGAUGGGCAAUGGAUCUUAUUGGCAAAAUCUAUCCAACUAGUAGCAAACAAAACUGUUUUAUCAUUGUAGCUACAGACUAUUUCACCAAAUGGGUGGAAGCCAAACCUGUUAAAUCUACUACAUCUCAAGAGAUCAUCACCUUUCUAGAAGAACAGAUUAUAUAA